CUUGACAGGUGGAGGGAGCUUCACACGCCGCGGAUGUGAUCCGGUCCGGUGGCCGGUUCGCUGCUCCUGCUGCUGGCGGCCGCACUUCACAGCUGCUGCUCCCUCCGCCGGCUGCUGUGCCGGUCCGCCGGUGUCACGUUGAUCCGUCGAGGAUGCGCCCGGUGCCUCCGGUGCUGACAGCGGGUCCACGGCGUCGAUGAGUCGCUCGUGCACUGAGGGAAGUUUCCCUCCUGCGACCUGAGGCGGAUCGUUGUGCACGAAGCUGUUCACGCGCACGAUGCAGAUGAUGCUGGUCCAGAAAUAGGACUGUGGACAGGAGGAUGUGAUGCUGCACUCGCUGUGUUCACCAGUGGAGGAGUCUACAGAUGAGCCUGGCACGAUGGUGUGAGGCCGCGUGAAUGAGGCGCCCUGGACGAACAUGAUGGAGGAGGCUGCCAGCCAACUCGAGAGGGAACACGUGCACAGCGUCUACGACAAGAUCGCUCCGUAUUUCAACGACAGCCGCUACAAAGCCUGGCCCAAAGUACAGCAGUUUCUGCUGGACCUGCAGCCAGGAAGCAUCGUCGCCGACAUCGGUUGUGGCAAUGGCAAGUAUCUCCACAUCAACCAGGAGGUGUUCAAGCUGGGAUGUGACGUUUGUCGCCCCCUGGUGGACUAUGCCUGGUGCCAAGGACACGAGGUCCAGAUGUGCGACGGGCUGCAUUUGCCUUACAGAGACGGCUGCUUCGACGCUGUGCUCUCUAUCGCAGUCAUCCAUCACCUGUCCACCAAAGAGCGCCGUAUUCGAGCAAUAAGGGAGAUGGCCCGCACCCUGCGAGUGGGAGGACGCAUUAUGAUCUACGUGUGGGCCAUGGAGCAGAAGCGUCGUAAAUUUGAGAAACAGGACAUCUUUGUUCCGUGGAACCCCAACCCUCAGUCGGCCCUCAACAGGGAGCUUGCCAAGUCCAGACGGAGGGCCACAGCACAGAGUGUGAGCGAAGCCAUAGAUAACACUGAAAAGCACAGGAAGGUUAGAAGCACAUCCUCUGUUGCAGACGAAGAAGACCUGACCAGCGCCACGCCGCAGCAGAGGACUCAGAGACUGUGGUUCUUCUCGAGGUCUCUGGACUCUGUGUUCGACUUUGGUAGUUUAACCCUCUCCAGGUCAUCCUCCAGAGAGCUGAGCACUUUAUCCUCACCCACAGGAGAGAGUAUGGGGAACAAGGUGAUUCAGCGUGGGCGAGGGCAGGGCCUCAUCAAGCAGGUGUCCAGCUUCUUUUCUCCUCCGUCUGUGAUCGGAUCAGAGGAGGACGUCUUCGCCUCAGUCACAGACCUGCACAAGGGACAACAUGACCGCGGAGGCAACAACAACGCCCCUAGCAACAACGGCACAGAAAACCAGGGUGUCUCAUUAUCUUUAGCCCAGGAGUGCGGCUCCUUGGCCCUGCCAGACCUGGUGCCUUUCCAGAGGGAGCAUCUUAAACAGUCUGGAGACGAGAGCGAAGAAGGGGGAGCGGGAAAAGAACAGCAGGAAAGCACCCAGAGUCCUCAGGGGAGCGAGGGACAGGUGGAGGGCUCCUGUCUGAGGUACUAUCACGUCUUCAGGGAGGGAGAACUGGCAGAGCUGAUAGAGAGCCAUGUUGAGGAGCUUCAUGUCAAACACGCUUAUUUCGAUCAUGCCAACUGGUGUGUGGUGGCAGAGAAGGUUCAGUUGUGGAAAAUAUGAUUUUUAACUCGUUUGAUUUUUACUUUGCAUCAACUCUGCCUCAAGUUUUAAUAUUGAAUCACACAUUUGAUGAUUAUAACACUAUUUUAACUGAAAAACAUGUCAAGGUGCAGAAGUAACCAUUGUUGAAAUGGUAAUCACCUCAAUUUUUUUUAUUUAUUAUUCGGUAUUUAUUCAAUUUCAAUUAGUGAAACCAACAAGCAGUAUCCAUAUAUCCAGUGUACGCUCCCUUUUUAAUGUCAAUAAUCUGAUUUUAUCAUCUUCCCACAGCAAUUUCCAGGAUUUUAACUUUUUAAAUAAGAGAAUUUCUGCAGUGGAGAUGUUAUGAAACGCACUGUUUUUCCUCUUUGGACUAAAUAGUAGCCAAAGGGGAAUUUAUGAUCCACAGCAGGGGUGGGGAACCGUUUCCUAUCAAGGGUCAUCUCAGUUUUUAAAACACCCUUGAAGCACUGUAGGUGUCCUACAUUUCUAUAUACCCUUACACAGAUCACUGUAAUCUAUCAAAUGUGAUGACUGUAACUGUUUGUCAUUGGCCAGGUGUCUGAUGUGACAUGGUGGAGAUGAACAGAAUUACGCUCACAGCAGCAGGUCGUCGUCAGAACCCUCGGGACGCACAUUCAGUCUGAGCAGUCAGGUUGUCAUACUUUCCUCUACAGUCAUUGUUGCUUUGUCAUACACAACAGCUGCUUCCAAAAUAAAGGGUGCAGCACGUGUUCACCUUCUUUUGUUUACUUUUCACGUCCGGAAACUUCUCAAAUGCCCGGAGGAGUUUUGCUCACUCACCAGCAUAUUCACACGAAACACCGGGCUGCUGUUCUCACAGAGGAGGAAAGUAUUUAGUGUGCAUUGGAUUUUUUUCAUCUCUGUCACACUGAGUUGCUGAGUUGAAUUGUUUUUUUGUUUUUUUUCUAUAUUCAAAAUAUAUCAUCAUUUGUCCAUUUCUAAUAGAGCAGUCAGGUAUGACACCUGCGUGUUUCCUUCCGACUCCUCUUUUACAUUUUCUUGUAUUGCAGAAAAAUGAUCCUGCAGGCCAGAGGUUGCCCAUCCCCCGACCACUGUACACUCUUCCAUUCCUGUUUUAAAGGUUCAGUGUGGAGGAUUUGGUGACAUCUAUUGGUGAAUAUGCAUACUGCAACCAACUGAAUGCCCCUGGCCUGUUUGGUUUGGUUGCUCUGGGUAACUGUAGAAACAUGACGGAUUCUGUGGUAGAGGAGCCGCCCCCAGAAUAGAUUCAGAGGUAACGAAAACACGAUUCGUAGUUGCCAUAUAUGUCUGUAGAUCCCACUGAAUCAUUCACACUGCACCUUAUGUGGAUUUUUUUACUCUGUCUGCCUGUUUUACAAUUGCACGUUCCUUAAAAAAGAAUCUGUUUUUGUACAUUUUGGGUGAUGAACGGCUCAUGUGUAACGUAUCACAAACACUAUAACACAGUUAAACAAGCUCAUUGUUGUGCAGAGCAGCUAACGAAAUAUUUGCGUCAUUUGCUCGUUGAUUUAUUCUCCAAUUGUUUCAAAGAACGUGUUACCAACGUGUGUGCUCGAUGUCGUUAUUUGUAAAAGUUGUGUUUCGUCUUGUAACAAGCUGAACAUGCCAUGAGUGUGUUUCAGCCGAUCGACUGCCUCCUAUACUGUGAAUAAUCAUUGCACUGUACCAAUAUGUCGCUGCUUGAUGUCGCUGACUGACAAAUUUAGGUGAAACUUGAAACAUGCUGGUUCUCUGUAUACAUUGUGCCAAGGACAGUGCAUAUGUUCGUCAGUACAGUAUGUGUGGACCAACUGUGUUUGUUCUGAGGUGACACUGGUACAAUGUCUCAUGUCACCUGGUGUAAAAUGCCUCUAGAGUUUGAGUUUAUUUGUCCUUAUUAAAUACUUUUAUUCAUUA